GUUCAGUCUUUUUCGCUUCCAAUCUCGUUUUCCAUACGAUGAGUGCGCGCGACUUUGUGACUGCGCUUCUGGUCGCCGCCGAGCGAGCUGCGCGCCUUGCUCGCGAAUGCCGUGCCAAUGCGUCGCUGUUUGCGCUGCUGAUCGAGGAGAAGAAGGCCGACGCUGCCAACAAGCGAUUUGCGCAGGAUUUCAAGACGCUCGCUGACGUGCUCAUCCAGGAGGCAGUCCGCCACGAGCUUGCGCUCACAUUCCCGGCAAUCAAAGAGCACGUUCAAGGCGAGGAAAACAACACAUUCACAAACACGCUGGGUGAAAAGGUCGUGCUCGAAGUCCAGGCGACCCAGGAAGCGACCCAAGCUCUGCUGCUGCGCGUGCUCGACGGGAAUGUCGAUGCUGCUGCGGCGCUUGCAAGUAUUGUGCACCAAAAGAUUGAGCUGAGCGACUUUGAUGUCGACGGACUGCUGGCUCAAUCGUUCGCGGCUUCGCAUGCCGGCGCUGCUUUUGAGACGGCGACCAUCGAUGCUUCUACACUGGGCAUCUGGAUUGAUCCAAUCGAUGGCACAAACGAGUACAUUCGUGGAGCGCUGGUGGAGCCGCAAGGCGGCAUCUUCUCGGAGGGCCUGCCAACGAGCGUGGUGCUGAUUGGCGCCUUUGAGCGCGCCAGUGGGUUGCCUGUUGCAGGCGCCAUGUGCCAGCCAUUCUACCCGGCGCCUGGAACGAGCAUCACUGCCGGAAAGUUUGUCAGCCGACACUUGUGGGGCAUUUGCACCGCUUCCGUCACCGCUUCCAACGCCAAGGAGUUGAUUGCGCAAAACCACCGCCUGCACCGUAGCCACACCGCUGACGGAUCUCUCGUCCCGGUUGUUACCAUGAGUGGGAGCGAGUCGGACGCGAUCAAGGCCGUUGCUGCCAGCCGUGGCAUCCAAAUCCGCGCCACGUCUGGCGCUGGCUACAAGAUGCUGACUGUGGUCGAGGGCGUUGCCGACGCGUACUUUCUCUCGAAGGGUUCCACCUACAAGUGGGACAGCUGUGCCCCACACGCCAUUCUUCGGUCGCUCGGCCGUCAGGGUGCAGUGUUCCGUCGCCCCGCUGCUGCUGCCCCGACUGAGGCUCGCGAAGUUCUCUACCAGGCCAUGGACAACCCGGCCAUCCAUUCCUGGGCCAAUUCCGACGGUGUUCUUGCUGCCGACUCGCGCGCCGCCCACGACACGUACGCGUUCUUUUGGUCGGUGUAAUGACAAAAUGUUUAGACAUCAUGGAAGUUGAAAUGCAAAACAAGAAUAAAAAAUGACUUUAGUGUACAA